GUUCAAUCUCUACCACACAAAAAAAUCACAUUUCAUCAAAUCAUCUCCAAGACUCCAACAAAGGAAAAAAAAAAUCAAAAAAAUCACCAUCCAUUUUCUUCGUGAGCAAUGGGGGUUGAGAAGGGAGUAGGGAAGAGACUAAUAUUCACCUACGGAACAUUAAAAAAGGGAUUCUCCAACCACCGGCUAAUGGAGGAGCUAUUAACGGCAGGAGACGCCACCUACGUCGGGGCGUUUCGCACGGCGGAGCGAUAUCCAUUAGUGUGUGGACCAUAUAGGGUCCCCUUCCUUCUAAACCUCCCUGGAGAGGGAGACAAGGUUUGGGGAGAGGUGUACAUGGUAUCGGAAAAGGGGCUCGCCCGCCUUGACGAGCUUGAAGGCACCACACGCGGCCAUUAUCAACGGUUGUCGAUUCGAAUAUCUGAUUUGCCUAACGAUCUUGAAUUCGACGUAGCGGAGGCGUAUUACGCGCAUCCGUCAUACGCCCACCAGAUGUGGCGGAGGAACGGCGAGGAAGGGUUUGUUUGUUAUUCACAUAAGGAGGCUAAGGGUUACGUUAAGCGCCAAGAUCGGCCUCAACAUCUGUCAUUUCUUGACCAUAUUUCUAAUUUCCUUUCUUCUCCUCCUACUUCUUGUUAAUUUACAAUUUCACCCUAAUAAAUUGCCACUUGUUAUUUCCUAAUUAGUUUUGCAUUUAUUUGCAUUUCGGAUUUAGCAAGGAGUGUUCAUCUUACACCCGAAUGUAAAAUUAUAAACCGUAGCCUUUGGUUCAUUUUAUAUUUCGGAAAUUUCGACAUCUUCUAGAAUUUUAGCCCGGAAUUGGUCAUGUUGCAGUGGCAUAGAAAUUAGGAAUAUGAGCACUGAGAAGUGCAGCUUGUAAUCUAUAUGUACUUGAGUAGUUGUUCUAUGCAUAUUGCAUUAUCGUGCAGUAUCAUCAAUUAUUAGAAUUAUUAAUGCUCCAAAUUAUUACUUUUUA